GCUGAGCAGCACCAGACGCAGCGGAGCAGCGUGGAGAUUUACACAUGGAGGUUCCGGGGAACAACGACGGCAUAGAGGGCACGGAGAGGUUCGAGAGCCCCGACAAAGGCAGAGGUCUGCGGGCGCUGAGGCACUUCUCGGUGGGGGAGCUGGUGUUCGCCUGCCCUGCUUACUGCUACGUGCUGACGGUGAACGAGCGAGGAGCGCACUGUGAACACUGUUUCACCAGGAGAGAAGACCUUUUUAAGUGUGGUAAAUGUAAGCAAGCCUACUACUGCGAUGUGGACUGUCAGAGAGGUGACUGGCCUAUGCAUAAGCUGGAAUGUGCAGCUACGUGUGCUUUUGGGGAAAACUGGUGUCCAUCAGAGACGGUCAGACUGGUGGCCAGAAUAAUUAUGAAACAGAGAGUUACAACAGAACGCACCCCGUCAGAAAGACUGCUUCUGCUCAAAGAGUUUGAGUCGCAUUUAGAUAAGAUGGACAGCCAGAAGGAUGAGCUGAACGACGCUGACAUCGCAGCUCUACAUCAUUUCUACUCCAAACACAUCAGUGACAUCCCUGAUGAACAGGCCCUCACUGAGCUGUUUGCCCAGGUAAACUGUAAUGGCUUCACUAUAGAGGAUGAGGAGCUUUCCCAUUUGGGAUCAGCGGUUUUUCCCGACGUAGCACUGAUGAAUCACAGCUGUAACCCUAAUGUCAUAGUGACCUAUAAAGGCACGGUGGCUGAGGUUAGAGCCGUUGAAGAGAUAAACCCAGGAGAAGAGAUCUGUGACAGUUACAUAGACCUGCUCUAUCCUACUGAAGACAGAAAAGAGAGGCUGUUGGAUUCCUAUUUCUUUACAUGCGAGUGUACUGAGUGCACCACCAAGUCUAAGGACAAGGCGAAAAUGGAGAUCAGGAAGCUUAAUUCACUACCAGAACCAAAGGAAAUCCAAUCCAUGGUCAUUUAUGCCAAGAAUGUCAUCGAAGAGUUCAGGAGAGCCAAACACUACAAAACUCCCAGUGAGCUGCUGGAAAUGUGUGAGCUCAGUCAGGAGAAGAUGGGAUCUAUUUUUGCAGACACCAACGUCUAUAUGCUGCAUAUGAUGUAUCAAGCCAUGGGUGUCUGUCUCUAUAUGCAAGACUGGGAUGGCGCUAUGAGCUAUGGGGAGAAAAUCAUCCACCCAUACAGCGUUCACUAUCCCACCUACUCUCUGAAUGUGGCGUCUAUGUAUCUGAAACUGGGCCGUCUGUAUUUGGGGCUUGAGAAGAAGACGCAAGGAGUCAAAGCUCUGAAGAAGGCUCUGGCCAUCAUGGAGGUGGCUCAUGGAAAAGACCAUCAUUAUGUAGCAGAGGUCAAACGAGAAAUUGCGGAGCAGAAGUAAAAGGAAAAGAAACUAAAGAUUUAACAGAGGCUCUAGAGGGAAGAACCUCCUUGAAAGCAACAACAUAUACAUCACAAAUGCAUGGCAUGCAUCUUAUACCUCUGUUUUGAAAAAGGCAAAAAGGUUUAUACUUUUUUUUUUUUUUUUCCUGCCUCUUUUGGCAUCAUUCUUUUACAGGCAUUCAUGGUGAGGAUGACCAUAUUUUAUAUCUUUACAGUAGCCAACUACUUCAUGACAGACCUUAAAAGUAGUCCAAGUAGGUUUACAUCAUUUGAAGUGAGGAAAAAUAUAUUUUAAGUAUUUCUCUUAUCUCAACUUCAACUGAAAAUACCGGUUUAUUUGUGCUGAGGUUCACAUGUAUACUGUAUUAAAAAAAAAAAAGAA